ACCAAACCCUAACACUAACAUGCACCAACAAAAUUCCUACUGUUCAAACCCUAGAAUUCCUGUUCAUUCUUCACAUAAUUCACCAUGUCUCUUGACAGGGCCGUUGAAAGGGGAAAGGAUUCCUCUUUGCCCCCUAUGUCGAUGGCACUUGUCGCCGUCAGCAAUGGAAAUGGUAAUGGAACCGGACCAGCAACGUCUAACGCCAGCUACCGUCUCCGAUUGAACCCCAAUCAAGAUCACAAGCCGGAUAACUACGAAGAUCUCAGAUUGGAGUUCACUCCCCUGCUUUUCAGCUCUCUGGAGCGAUACUUGCCGCCAAACCUCUUGAAUGUUCCUCGAGAUACGAAGUAUAAAUACAUGCGGGACAUUCUACGUCGUUAUUCGACUGAAGGAGAGCGCACUCGAGACCAGAAGCACAGAGAAUACAGGCAAAAAAUUAUAUCCAAUUAUCAGCCUCUGUACAGAGAACUUUAUACAUUGAACCCUGCAACGUUUUUCGUCCAAUCCUUUGUGAAGGCAUUCAGUGCCAGUGAUAAGAAUAAAGAUGAAAGUAUUAGAAGCAUAAUGUCUGAACCCACUCCAGGAGUCUAUACGUUUGAUAUGCUGCAGCCACGUUUCUGUGAAAUGCUGCUAAGCGAGGUAGAAAAUUUUGAAAAAUGGGUCCAUGAAACAAAGUUCAGAAUCAUGCGACCAAAUACAAUGAACAAGUAUGGUGCCGUUCUUGAUGACUUUGGCAUGGAAUCCAUGCUUGAGAAGUUGAUGGAAGACUUCAUACGACAUAUCUCAAAAAUUUUCUUCCCUGACGUUGGAGGAUAUUCUCUUGAUUCCCAUCAUGGAUUUGUGGUUGAGUACGGAAUGGAUAGAGAUGUCGAAUUGGGUUUUCAUGUGGAUGACUCAGAAGUAACUUUGAAUGUAUGCUUGGGCAAACAGUUUACUGGUGGGGAGUUAUUUUUUAGAGGCGUGCGAUGUGAGAAACAUGUGAAUAGCGAAACACAUGCUGAGGAAAUAUACGAUUACGCUCAUUUCCCUGGACGUGCAAUUAUUCAUCGUGGUCGCCAUCGACAUGGUGCCAGAGCCACCACAUCUGGCCAUAGAAUUAAUUUACUGUUGUGGUGCAGAAGUUCUGUAUUUAGAGAAUUGAAAAAACAUCAAAAGGAGUUCCUAAGCUGGUGUGGAGAGUGCCAACGAGAGAAGCAGGCUCGGCUUCUUCAGUCCGUGGCUGCAAAGAAAAUGGAGUUGCUUCUAGUUGAAGGAGAUGCUGCUUCUUGAAUCUUGAUUAGAAGAUCAAAAACCUGGUAUGUUUUGCAACAUCGUUGUACAUUCAAGUUUCCUUCUCGCAUUUCUGCACUUCAGAUUUUCAUCUUUUGUUAGGUUUCAAAAUCGUGUUUGUGACAGAAUGUUGUUUUGUUAGCACUUAGUGCUUCUCCUUGUGAUGGAAUGUUGUUUGUUAGAAUAUAUAAACCAUAUGUUCUGUGUGGUUCUUAAUUC